UUCCUUUUGUUCUUUGUCAUAGUCGUCGUAUACAACACUUUGUCACAUGCCCACUAAAACCAAGACUAUUUAAAUAUUACGCACUUUGUGCGAUCGAUAGGCACCUUCCUUCAGCCUCUUCUCCAUCAAUUCAUCAACACAGAAGACAAAAAACAAAACCCAAUCAACGUCCUUAUUUUACAAGUUUUGAUGACGCAUGAAUAGCCCAAUCUGUGAUAAUAGAUUUUUUUAUUUUUUUCUCUGCAUGUAGACAUAGGUUGUGUCUACAUGCAGAGAAAUUAUGGAAGAACAAACCCCGAUUAUGAAUACAAUCAAGGGAGGAGGAGGAGGAGGAGGAUUAAGGAGACCUUUAUGGGUAUCUGUGCUGCUUCUGUUUACUGUAAUUGCUCUGUUUAGCUUUCACAUCAAUAGGGAAUAUUCAAUCUUCUCGAUCCCCUUGGAUUUCAUUUCGGGUCGGGUAGGAUUAAUGUCGGGUUCUCAACAGAGGAGCUGCUCUGAUUUCUUCAAGCAGGUAACAGCGAGGAAGGUGGUGAAAUCGAUCAGGGAUUUCGGUGGAAUUGGGGAUGGAAAAACCUCAAACACGAAAGCGUUUCAACGGGCCAUGGAGUUUAUGACCCGUUUCAGGGAUAGUGGUGGGUCCCAACUUGUUGUCCCUAAAGGUCGAUGGCUUACAGGUAGUUUCAAUCUUACCAGCAAUUUCACGCUCUUCCUUGAAUAUGGCGCUGUUAUCCUCGGUUCUCAGGAUCCAAAUGAAUGGCCGUUAAUCGACGCUCUGCCUUCAUAUGGAAGAGGGAGAGAAAGACUGGGAGCGAGACAUAUUAGCCUCAUUCAUGGAAAUGGUCUCACCAAUGUUGUAAUUACAGGGGAAAAUGGGACUGUAGAUGGUCAGGGAAAGAUGUGGUGGGAGCUUUGGAGGAAUAGAACUCUGGUACACACCAGAGGCCACCUUGUUGAACUGAUUAACUCUCAGAAUAUCCUGAUCCAAAAUCUUACACUCCUGAACUCCCCGUUUUGGACAAUUCAUCCUGUCUAUUGCAGGAAUAUUGUAAUCAGAAACAUGACUAUUUUGGCUCCUCUCAAUGCCCCCAACACAGAUGGCAUUGACGCAGACUCCAGCUUGAAUGUCUGCAUUGAAGAUUGUUACAUUGAGAGUGGUGAUGACCUUAUAUCAGUGAAAAGUGGGUGGGAUCAGUAUGGUAUGAAAAUGGCUCGUCCAAGCUCAAACAUCAUUGUAAAGAGAGUGAAAGGCACAACCCCAACAUGCUCAGGGGUUGGUAUCGGCAGUGAGAUGUCUGGAGGUGUUUCUAAUGUCAUCAUAGAAGACCUAUAUGUUAGAGAUUCCGCAGCUGGUGUGCGGAUUAAAACUGAUAUUGGAAGAGGUGGAUACAUCGUCAAUAUUACGAUAAAUAACAUGAGAAUGGAAAGAGUGAAGGUGCCAAUUAGAUUUAGCAGGGGAGCAAAUGACCACCCUGAUGAGAAAUGGGAUCCUAAAGCACUACCUAAAGUAAGAGGUAUUUUUAUCAGUAAUGUGGUCAGUCUAGAAUCGAAGAGACCUCCUUUGCUAGUAGGCAUAGAGGAAGCACCAUUUGAGGACAUACACAUGAAAAACAUCAGUUUAUUUGGGCUAGCCCCAUCUAUGAGGUGGAACUGUGAAUUUAUCUCUGGUUCUAGCUGCAGUGUUUUCCCUGCACCAUGUUCUCAGUUGCUGAAGAAUGAAUCAAUAAUUCAGUGCCCAAAUUGAUGAAGCUUAGCAUUCCUUCCUUCGCAACAAGCUUGGAUCGUCGGAAUUUCCAACUUGAAAAGAAUUUGAAGACUACUAGACGUCUCGCAGAGCCACUUGAAUCAAGUUACAAUUGAGAUGUUUUUCUUUCGUGCAUCAGCAUGAAUCUCAAUGAACUUCUGGAGCACAUCAUGCCUGACGAUCCCUGUUGCUCCAAACAUCUGCAUGCAAUACUGCCCCGGAUCGAAUCUAAGCUCUCGUUUGGCCAUAGAUUUUGAACUUGAAAUUUGAAAAUUUGAGUUUUUGAAGUUGCGGAUUUUUGAAUUUGAAGUUGUCUUUGGACAUGCAUUUUACUUGGGAAAAAAUUGAAGUUUUGCGAGUGGAAGUCUCAAAAGUUGGCUCAGCCUGAGCCAAUUUUUACAAACUUGAAAAUAUUUGAAGAAACAGAUAUUUGGAGAUAAAUUUUUAAAAUCUACUCCCAAACUCUAUGGCUAAAUGCUGUUCUUGUUAAUUCCUAAUUGAACACACAAGUUAUGAGGUCUAACUAGCAUAUAGUGAGUGCAUAUCAUUUACUAAGGGACGGAUUUGGCUCCUUUUUUAUUUCCCCUUGUCUCCUAAAGUUUUUAUUUAAAUAGAUGGACAUAUGAAUCCCAAGUUUAAUAUCAUUAUUUUAGACUUAAAAA